AUGUGCACUCAGUGGCAGGGCUAUCGAGACAAUGCUGACAAAACCUCCAUUGAUGGCAGCGUGGGGAGGCAGGGCGAGGGGUUUGAAGAGGGCAUGCCUUUUUUCACCUCCCUCAGUCCGUCUGCUUUGAGGCCAGUCAGCUGUGUGGGGCACCGGGUGUGGAUCCUGCUGGCCAUGACCCACCUCACCCUGGACUUCUCUGUGUGCAGCCCCCUCAGUCAGGGCAUGGGGGUCAAACUCACGCCUAAGUCGGUGCCUCGUUCCCGACCUCGCUGGCAGCCGCUAUGGGACGCUCCCAACAAGCUUCACUGGAGAACAGUGAGCCCGUUGGCCCGCCGGCUCCUCAACCCUAUCCCUCCACCCCAAGACAACAGGGCGGGCAUAGGGCCAAAGGUCAAGAGUCAAAAGCAUCGGAAGCCAGCACAUAAAGGACAGGCGGCGUGUAAAGAGUGCCUGUUGAGAUACUCUCAAAUGGAGAAAAGUGAUCCUUUGGCUGUAAUAGCGGGAGCUCCAGCAGCUUUAUCCAGCGAGAGCAGAGGAGACGCAGUCAGGUUGUUACUUAGAGCCAGGAGGCAGCUCAAAUGGGACAGCUACGACAAGUCUCAGGAGGGCCGGACUACCACAGUGGCCGGAUUUAUCGACUGGGGACCCACAGGGACAGAUAGCAUAGACGACAACGCCAAACAGGAGCCCAACGCAACGCUGACCACCAAGGUCUCAUCUACCACAGUGGCCGCAACCCCUAUCACUACAACCAGGCUCCACCAAAGGACGUUGACUGUGGGGACCACACCAGAGCCCAAGAGGCUAAGCACCACCAAGGCCACUGUCAGUGUCGGGGAGACUGUCAAACCACCAAAGCCAUAUGGGGACACACCAGGUUUGGCAGUUCACCAGAUAAUCACAAUCACUGUGUCUCUCAUUAUGGUUAUCGCAGCCUUGAUCACAACACUCGUCCUUAAAAACUGCUGUGCGCAGUCGGGAAAUGGCCGCCACAAUAGCCAUCAGCGCAAGAUCCACCAGCAGGAAGAAAGCUGCCAAAACCUGACAGACUUCACCCCAGCCAGGGUGCCCAGCAAGGUGGACAUAUUCACUGCCUACAAUGACAGCCUGCAGUGCUCACACGAGUGCGUCCGGACAGCCGUGCCCAUCUACACUGAUGAGAUGAUCCAGCAGACGCCUGUCUACAAGACUGCUUACAACGGGAACAGGCCCUCCCCCACCGAAAGACAACUGAUUCCUGUGGCCUUCGUGUCAGAGAAAUGGUUCGAGAUCUCUUGUUGA